AUGAGAGCAGGUUUUGAGGUGGUUCAAGGUGCUCUUGAGUUGAUCCAACCCCAUGAACAAUGGGAUUACAACAAUACCCUUGGUGCUAAUUAUACGAGCACAACAACGUCUACGUCUCUGAUUAACGGUUUUGCUGAUUACAGUUCAAAGCCGUCUGCAAACUUAGAGAGGCCGGGCGAGCUAUCCGAAUGGGUCGAACACGUCACCAAGACGCUCAUCGAAGACCUACCUGAAUCCAACCCUGAAGAAAGCUUCCAAACGGAUGUCACCUUGCCAGCUUACCACGCAAUUUCACGUAAUAUGCAGUGUGAAACAAGACCGCGGAAGCUGGCAAGGGUGAACGGGCCCUCURACGAGGGCCAAUUUGGCGAUCAGGGUAAUAAAGGGUUGAGUUUGAUAUCGGUUUUGUUUGAAUGCGCGGUUGCUAUUUCGGUUGAUAAUUUGGGUGAGGCUCAUAGGAUGGUUCUUGAGUUAACCCAAAUGGCUUCUCCUUAUUCACCUUCUUGUGGUGAGAGGGUUGUGGCUUACUUUGCCAAAGCCAUGGCUAGUAGGGUUGUGAACUCAUGGCUAGGGUUUUGUUCCCCUUUGACUAACCACAAACUCAUUCAUGGUGCUUUCCAAGUUUUCAACAAUAUCUCACCUUUCGUCAAGUUUGCUCAUUUCACUUCUAACCAAGCCAUUCUCGAGGCUUUUCAGCAUCAAGACAGGGUCCACAUCGUGGACCUCGACAUAAUGCAGGGGUUACAGUGGCCCGCGUUGUUUCACAUACUCGCCACACGAUUGGAAGGUCCACCGCAUGUCAGGAUGACUGGCAUGGGUACUUCCAUGGAUCUCCUGGUGGAGACGGGAAAACAACUCUCGAAUUUCGCAAAACGCCUCGGGAUGUCGUUCGAGUUCCAUCCCGUGGCGAAGAAAUUCGGAGACGUAGCUGAUAUCUCCACGUUGCAAAUUCGGAGAGGGGAUGCACUCGCGAUACACUGGCUUCAACAUUCGCUUUACGACGCCACCGGGACCGAUUGGAAAACGAUGAGACUCUUCCAAGAACUUAACCCUCGGAUCAUAACCCUAGUCGAACAAGACAUAGCCCACGRAGGCUCGUUCUUGGACCGGUUCGUUGGUUCUCUCCAUUAUUACUCUGCAAUCUUCGACUCUCUUGGUGCGCUCCAUCCAAGUGACGACAACAACCGCCACCGGGUCGAGCAUGCGUUGAUCCAUCGRGAGAUCAACAACGUGUUGGCGGUCGGUGGACCGGGAAGGAGCGGGGAGGAUAAAUUUAAGGUUUGGAGAAGUGAACUCGAAAGAAAYGGGUUUUUGCAAGUGCCAAUGAGUUCUAGCUCAUUGGCACAAGCUCAGUUAAUACUUAAUAUGUUUCCACCAACGCAUGGUUAYAGUCUCGUCCAAGUUGAUGGGACGCUUCGAUUAGGAUGGAAAGAGACUGCUUUGUACACCGGUUCGGCUUGGACUUGUCAACGGUCUUCUAGAUAA